AAACACUCUAUUUCUUUCUAUGACCCACCACAGCAAACAACGUUUCCUUCCAUUAAAUUAAUCAUCAAACACCCCAAAACACCACCACUCUUAGGCAUCUCCUAUCCCUUAUUCUUCUCUCUCUAAACACCCCUUUUGCAUUUCAUUCUCUUACCCAUCUCUCUCUAGAAACAUUAAAGAGAAGGAGAUGAGCAAAAGUAGCACCAUUAAUGGUGGUGGGCCUUGUGGUGCUUGCAAGUUCUUACGCAGGAAGUGUAUCAAGGGUUGCAUCUUUGCACCUUACUUCGACUCAGAACAAGGGGCCUCGCACUUCGCUGCUGUGCACAAAGUGUUCGGUGCUAGCAACGUUUCUAAGCUCCUCUUACGCUUGCCUGUGCACAAGCGUCUCGAUGCUGUCCUUACCAUUUGUUAUGAAGCAUUGGCUCGGAUUAAAGAUCCUGUUUAUGGCUGUGUUGGUCAAAUCUUUGCUCUGCAACAGCAGGUGGUGAAUUUGCAGACAGAGCUAGCCAUUAUUCAAGCCCACCUUUCAAACUUGGAGCUUCCACCACCACCCAUGUCUUCAACACAGUCUCCUGCCUCUGCAAACUUCCAUGUUUCCUCAAACAAUUCACUACCCAUUUCUGGUACAUCAGCAUUAUUAGAUCCAGUACAGUUACAAGAGAUGUUUGAGACGACGAAUUAUUGGAACCAAGCUGAUCUUGAUGAAGAUCCCAACAAUGGCGAUCUAACGGCAUUAGCUCGAGAAUUUUUCUCUAAAUACUUGCCAGAAGCAAGAUUUCGGCCACCAGAUUCCUGUUAGAACCUAAGCAACUUGAGCCAUUUUGGGACCAAAUUAGCUUCAAUGCUGUUGUGAUAUCUAUUUUUUGGGGGGAUAUGCUGAACAUUAAUCCUAUGUUCUUAUAUUUUCAGUUGUGUUUGUAAACCAUAUGAAAUGAAAUCAUUUCAUUUUGGUUUCUC